UUAUCUCUAUGUUGCACCCGAUUCACGUCUCAUCAUUUCCUUGCCUCGUAUUCCAAAAAAAUAUCUUAUUCGCUCGUAGCACAAACCGAGGGGCAUGUACGCCAUGAGAUUCAUUUAAUAUGACAGAAAGAUAAUUCAUACUAUGGUAUGUCCGAUCGGAAGACGUCUCUGAAAAACUUAUAAAGAGCCGGCCCUUGCUGAAUUCAACAAUCUCAUCUUCGUGUUCAACAACACUCUGUGGAGUUAGCUCCAUUACUAUUAGUUAGCUCUCUGCGUACUGAGCAUUCUCAUUUUGGCAUUCACUAUCUUCACAAUGGCCAACGCAAUCGAGUACGCCACUCCUAUUUCCUUCACUAAGACCUGGCAUACCGAGCCCUAUCCGUUCAUCUCCCCAUCGCGACCGGAAUUAUCCGCCAAGGGUAAGAACGUGGUCGUCCUCGGUGGUAGCGCAGGUAUCGGCAAUGCCAUAUCCGUUGCGUUCGCCCAGGCAGGACCCAAGUCAGUCGCAAUCGUGGGACGACGCCCGGAUAAGCUCCAGGAGGCCGCAGGAAAGGUCACUACUGCAGUGUCCGAUCCCACUACACAAGUGCUAGUCGAAUCUGCGGAUCUGCAAGACCGUGCCCAGGUCAACCGAGCAUACCAGUCCAUCGUGGACAAGGUGGGCAAAAUAGAUAUCCUGGUCAUCAAUGCUGUGUUACUCCCCGCGCCCGGAGGCCUCACAGACCACAAAUCCGACGAGCUCGUGCGUGCAAUUGAGGGUAACCUCUUGGUGGUCAUGAAUGCUUUCCAGGCCUUCUUGCCCUUCGCAGGACCAGAACCAAUCGUCCUCUACACGUCCACCUGUCUGGCCAACAUCGCACCCACCCCGGGUCUUGCUGGUUACUCCAUUAGCAAGGCUACGUGUCUGAAGGCGAUAGACUAUUUUGCCAUGGAGAACUCGCAUGUGCAUGUGGUCAGCAUUCAGCCCGGCUGGGUGGCAACCGCCUCGAAUGGAUAUCAGGAGGAAGCUCCUGACAAAGGUAAGAAUGAUCUUGCGAGCCUAUUCCGCUUCCUAUCAAACGGACAAUGCUAACGACGGGCAGCUGAGCUUCCGGGCCAGUUUUAUGUCUGGCUGGCGUCUCCCGAGGCCAAGUUCUUGAAAGGAAAGUUCGUUUGGGCCAACUGGGAUGCGCAAGAGCUACUGGAGAGAGCCAGCGAGAUUCAGUCAACAAAGCUUCUGAACUGGGUCGUGGAGGGCAUUCCCAUGUGAAUUGUUGGUACGGCCUUGGAGAAUUGUAGGCAGUCGUAGCGGCGUGUUUUUAAUCUGAUUUAUGCUUCUUGAAUCUCCACAUCGAUUAUCGUUGCCAUGAUAAGCCUGAUUAGUGACCUAUUUCACCAAUACAUGAGCAUUCGUAAGCCAUGGGGGCCAUGCU